AGACGUAACAAAAACAAAACGUAUUUAUUCCGCAACUCAUCGAUAAAAACUCCAAAUUAAUCCAAAUUCAAAGCUCAUAUUCAUCGCAACUGUGCUGAAUUCGUACCGGAGAUUAGCCGAAGAAAAAAAAAAGAAAGUCAUCACCACCUACAACAUAACAAAGGAAAGAAAAUCCAUAUCCUAGAGGCGAUCAGCUGAAAAAAGAAAUCGAAGUUAUUUCGAAGGUGAAAAUAGCGCCGUCCCCGCGAUCCGCUCCCCGUUUGCUCUUUUGCGUCGUUGUUACGAAAUCUCCGCAGCAGCUAGCAGCGCCGACGACUGUUUUUUUUCUUCCUCCUUCCUGCUGGUGCCAGUAACAUGAAUUCGAUGGGCCCAAACUGGGGUGAACUUCCUGCCCUCGUCCUGACGGACGUGUUCCAGUACUUGACCUACCACGACCGACUGCAGGCUUCAUCCGUCUGCUGGCACUGGCGGUCCGUUAUCUUCCAACCGAGAUUCUUCAAAGGAAUUCACUUCGAUGUGGCUCGCGAGAACAAUAGGAGGAACAACUUCUUUCUGCAGUCUCUGGCUCACAUCGUUAGCGAGGCGAAGAUUUCCUUCGAUUCCUGCAACCUGUACGACGUCGAUCUGACCACGGAAAUCCUCUACAAACUCAGCAAAAGCUCCUGUCUGGUUAGUCUGUCAUUGCGACCGAAGUUUGCCACCCUGGUCACGCCAGGACGAUUCUACUCCGAGGAGGAAUGGAACUAUAUCUACAAGUUAUUCGUUGAACCCAUCAGGACUCUAAUGGGACGCAAAAAUCCACCGCUCAAGGAACUGGAUCUGGGAUGUUCCGAGAUUUUGACGUUACAUGCUGCCGACUUCCUCAAUUGCUGCCCUCGGCCCCAGUUCCUGAGGCAGCUGGGCUUAGCUUCGGUCAAACAGGACCCGGGCAACUACGCGCUAAGCACAAUCGAGCCGAACCUGUUCGAGAAAUGCAAUGCCCUGCAGUAUUUGUCGCUGGACUACGACAUCAUGUGUGAUGAUUUUUUGAAAACCCUGCAACUGCUACCCCUCAGGCGGCUGGUGAUUCAUGUCCACGGACUGGACCAGGAACAUCCGGGCCUCUCGGAAGCCGCCUGGGGCAGCUUUCGGGCCAGGAACCCGCAGGCAGAGCUGCACUUAACGCUGGUUUGUGCCUACGAGGCGGUCGACCAACUGCACACCCAUUUCCUGCGCCCAUCGAUGCCGCUGUCCCACCUGAAGGUGCUAUUCUGCGAGAGGAUCAACUGUGAUGCGUUGGAGUAUCUCUCCCAUUACUACAAGGAAACGCUGAAGAGCAUGAUCUGGGUUGAUUCCAUGCGCAUCGAAGAGUACCGCAACAUCAUGGAAAUGGUGGUGCGUACCAAUCAGGACCCGCUGGUGAUGAUGGCCUGGCGCUGCAAGAAGCUCGAGGAGAUCGUCAUUCACGGUUAUGUGCUGGAUCCACAUAAUCUGGUCGGAAUUUCGCGUCUACGGGGCAAGGAUCUGAAGGUGCUGGAGGUGUCCCGGCUCGACAUUUCGAUGCCAACCGUCAUGGCGGCACCGUUCAUUCAGGAAAUAAGCACUCAGCUCGGCCAAAAGUGGGCACCACUGGAUCAGAAGACCCUACCCGCUGCACUCGGCUUCUAUCCGGUGGCGGACGAAGUCCGCGACCAGUACAUUCUCCGGUACAUCCGCAGCAGCAUUGCUCCCUAAGUAAGCCACCAAACAACGUAAGUACCCCCACGCCACACAGGAUGUUUAGCAAUAAUGCGCUAGUUGCAGUUGCUAAAGAGACGGAAACAACCUGAACAACCGUUACCGUCAUCAGUUAGCAGCUCUCGUUCAAGAGCCAUAAACAUUCGCAGAGAAUAGCCUUGCUUUACCACUAGGAAAUUACCAAACAGAGCAGCAACGGCAGAAAAGUACUCAUAUACCAGAGAAAGCGAAGAGAAAAGUCAUCAUUAUUGUUCAUUAUAUUUUUAUAUAUGUUUAAAUAUUUUACGAAGAGACGAAC